UCCUUCUGUCAACACCUUCAACCAUCAUUCCAGAAUUCCCAUUCAGUUUAUGUGGUUCCCUGAUUGGCUGACUGGCUCACUUCUUCAGCGUUCCAUGUGUGGCAUCAGUCGUGGAAAAUCUGGGCCUCAGAUCUAGCCUUUACCAGGGUUAAAGAGCUGUGGAAAAGCUGUGCAUAUUGCGAUGAGAUGUUACAUGCAUUGAUGAGGUAAAAUGGCUCCCAAACCACCACCAGCAAAAGGUCCAGCAGCUCCAGCAAAACGUCCACAACGCCCUCCAACCAAAUUAGAACUAUGUCUCUCAGGCUACAAUUGUGCAACACUUGGCGUUUUAAUGCUCUUCUGUCUAUUUUUGUACACCCUUUGGUAUAUCAGCUUAUGUGCUGUUGAAAAGGCAAAACGGGAUCCACUUCGGCAUGCAGUGGCACAAAUUAGGCAUUAUAUGAUAUCAAGGAAUGCUGAAUAUGGUACCCUUAAUGAUACUGCAAUAAUCCUGGAAGCUGAGAAGAUGUCAAGAGAGUUGCUUCCAUGGGCUGAAAAGAUCAAAGAAAUUCAAGCAGAGAUUGCUGAUAUUCAUUACAAACUGAAUCAUAGAUGGAUGUCCUAUAGGGGCCACCUUUAUUUAUUUAGUUUUGACUCAGUAUCUCUUCACAACACAAUAAAACUAUGCAAACAAUCUAAAGCUUACGUAGCUGAUAUUCAAGAUAACGACGAGGAGGCAUUCUUAGAAGAAGCAAUUCGACACAAACAUGGUAGUUACUACAUUGGAUUGGUUUACAAUAACAAGGAAUGGACAUGGCAUCAUACUGAUGGUAAAGCUUUAAACACAUACUGGAAGGAGGGAGAACCAAGGAACUCUCGCAGUAAUAAAUGUGCAAGACUGGCGAAUGCAUGUAAUACAAAAUUGCAUUGUUGGUAUACUGUACCUUGUUCGCUUCUGGCAAGAGGCAUUUGCAAGAAGAAACCUGAGGACAAAUGGAUAAACUAAUUCUUUGCUGAACGUUGCACAAAAUUGUUAUUUGAUGAACUCAGUGAGAAAAAAAAUGCCAAUCGGUGAAGCUGCCUCUUAAAAACAGUUGCCCCAGUCAGCCACUGUGGGGGCAUGAAAGAACUCCGGACUUUGACCUCAGCUUCCAAAUACCUUUUCCAUCCUGCCUUUUCGGAGAUGAAAGACACUGUCUUAUUUAGCAAAUAAAAAAGAAUGAAAAAAAAA